AUGAGCAGAAAAAUGUGAUCUUAAGUGUACUUCGACUGGAGGCUGUUAUAUUUGUUGUUUCAGAACUCAGGUAUCAUUUAGAAUUAGCGUAUGUUCUCUGUUGAUAGAAGUUCUCAGUAUGUAGGCUUCUACUGGUUUGAACAGGGUCUCAAACAUUUUUUCUAAUUGUUGUUCAAAGCAAAAUAUUGCAAUGUAAGUUAUAUUAAUGCAAGCAAAUAAUUUAGUAGCCUAAAAUUUUUAACUGUCUGCAAAAUCAUCCUUUUUAGCUAAAUCCCUCUACUAUAGGAACUGUGGUGACUUGAAAUUUAUAUUUGUUUGUUACAAGUAAUUUUAAGUAUAGUCUCUCUCAAGUAUUUUAAUUAUGUUUUUUUUUAAAUGAACAAAGAUGGUUUUUAUGAAAAGUAUUAUUUUUCAUUAAUGUCUAAGUGAAGAAGAAAUUCUUAAGCAAAAGGUGAUUAUUUUGUGAACAGUGAAUGAGAAGAUGGUGUGUUGCUUAUUUCCUUAUUUGGCGCAUACACUGUAGUGAAUGGAGAAGUAACUCAUGCUAUGUUUUCAAAUUUGUCACUUAUUUUAUGAUACCCUUUUACCUUGGGCAAGUACUUGGAGGUAGAUUUGAAGAGGCUUUGAGUUCAUCGGAUCUCUCUUCUAUAUCUGCACAAAGCAACUUUUUUAUAGAUAACAUUGGAAGUGAACACAAGGAGGAAAUGAAAUCCUGCUAUAGAUUUAUAAUGUUUUCUAAAUUUUAACUUUUGAAAAAUGUAAAGACCUGCAACAUGAAUUUAUAAAGAACCCACUAGAUGAAGGAGCGGCCAGUGGCUCAAGAAUUCCUGUCCUGACAACCUGUCAGCAUGGAGGAGGGCUCAGGGACCACAGGGGGCCUUACAGGAACCCCAGGGACUCAGCCAUCAGGUCCUCCGAAUACCUUUGUUAAAGAAUUUGUGACUAUCAUACUAAAAUUAAUUAUUUGGUUGAAAAUAAUUAAGGUAAAAAUAACCAACAAGAUAUCUUUAACUACUGAAAAGUUAGAGUCUUUUAUAAUUAUGCUAAUAAGGCCCCCAGGGGUUGUUACAUCUGAAAUAAGAGCUCAGCCUUUCAGAGUCUCCCUACCAUUUUGCCUAGUUACUUUGAUAUAUGCGGUUAUUUUUAAAAGUUACUUUAAAUUCCAAAGGAAAUUCUGCUUAUCUUCAGCAAAUGACUGGGUGUAAUGCUUUGAAUACCUGUCAGCAGCCAGGUUUAUGAGUAAGAAUGUCGUUUGAGUUUCUUUGGGUCUAUUUGCAAUCCGUCAGAAAAUAUUAAAUCCAGUGUUUCUCUUUAAAAAAAGGAUCAUGUAAUUCAUGUUCUAACUGCACUGUGUUAAUAACAAUCCCUACUUGUAAGUACAAGUUUUCACUAACUGCGCAUUUCUUCUCUUUCUCUCUUGCCUUUGUUUCUCCUUUGACCGUAUCUGUUGUGUGAUUUCUCAUUCAAUCAUGGGUUUGCUCCCGAGGGUAGCCUGUUCCCAUGUGCCCACCUUCACCUCUCAUUCGCUGUGUUUCAUCUCUUUCCCCAAACCUUUUACCGGUCCCUGAGAUGGACUUGCUUUCAGACAUUUCGGAGGAAGACCCCUUUGGGGAGGCCGACCAGAUCACACUAGACAGCUUAGAGCUCCCUUCCAGCGGUGAGCUGUCUGAGCUGGGGGACUGCGAAGUCCCUGCCCUUGAUUCUGUCUCGGGUCCCAUUGCAGCCCCUCCUCAGCCUGACUGUCCUUCCACCCAUGAGAAGCCUCUGAAGGAGGCUGACCGCAAGGAUUCUGAAUUUGGGUACUUUUCCUUCCGUUUCUGCAAAUGCUUCCCACCUAGCUUCCCCUCCCUUCUCGAUGACGAUGGGUAUCUUGCUUUCCCCAGCCUCCCCAAGGUCUGGGUCUCCUUCCUCCCCGACGAUGUCCAGCACUACCUUCCCAUUACCUCCCCUUCCUUCCUUCCUUCCCUCAUCCUCAUCUUCGGACUCCUUCUCUCUGCUUCUCAGUCAGUGCCUUUUUCUCUCACCUUUUCCCUUCCUCUGGCUCUAUCCCUCUGCUAUCUGGAGGCUAAAGCCACUUCCUUCAAUGUUUCUCGUGACUGUGACUUGAAUGACAAAACAGAGGAGGAGGAAGCAAUUGCUGGGACUCCUACAUAAGCUUUAAUUUGUGGGAUCAACAAAACUCCAGCUUCCUAAUAUAGAGUGUAAACAUGUGCAUAAAUUUCACCACUGAUUACCCUCAAAAUAGUAUGGUCUGCACAUUUUCACAUACAUGGUGUUUUAGUGCAUGAGAAAUACGUGUAAAUAAGUACUUCCCCUUCAUUGAUUUCCAUGGACCAGGUCCACACAUUUGAAGUUGAGAACCAAGUUAUGGAUUAUUUUGUAAAUAUCUAGACUGUACUAGGUCUUCAAAACAAAACAGAACAAUAACAGGAAACUUCUGUUGCCCUUGACAAUCCAUAUUGGGUCUGUCUGUUUUCCAGACAAAUAGCAAGUCUGUCAAUGCUGUUCCUGUAGGAUGGACACUUGUUUCAAUAUAGAACUUAGAUUCUGUGGACAUAACCGUGAUUGAUAUGUAUUAGUAGAACACCUUAGUGCCGUUAUUUAUCAUUAGAAAGCCAAGCUCGUUCUUGCAUUUAUGAGGAUUCAUCUGUAACCUUUAUUCCUGACAUUUAUGGGUCUAAUCUCAGAAAUUCCUUGUCUUCCUGUUACCGUAGCAUUGGGGGACCAGAUGAAUUUCAGGUAGUGUUUUUUUGUUUUUUGUUUUUUUUGCUUUUUUGUUUUUUGUUUUUAACUCUAAAUCAUGUAGUUUUAUGAAAGAGUCACUGUCAGGUAUUUGUAAGGAAGAUACUACUCUUUAAGAAAUACAUACGAAAAAUGAAACACGGCUUUUUGAAAAUUUAGACUAUUCGCCCUACGGUUGGGCCACAUAGUGUCCCUUUAGUUAAGAUUAGGUGUCCGGUUUGAGGAUUUUUGCCCCUAGAUAGGGCUACCUCUGCACUACAGGUUGGUGCUAAUGUGUGCAGGAUGUUUUUCUUUUGCUAAGUGUGGUCUGGUGACUUCGUGUCUCAUAGCCUGUGGGUACUAGCCAUACAUAGAGAAAAAUCACCAUUUAGAACAAACCUAAAGAAAAAUAUAAAGACAAUGCCAUGAUUAAGCAUACUGGGAGAAACCACUAUUGCCAAAUGUUACCUGAAGAAUGCCAAAGAUUGGCAUUUUAGAGAAUUAAGUAUUCACCAAGGAAUUGGAACAUGAUCAUAAUAGGUUGUUGGAUAACUCUUACUUUUCCUUCUGAUAAGAAGAUACUCUGAGCUCCUGAUCACCUCAGAAAUACUUGAUUUAAAGGAAAAAAAAAAAAAAAAAGCGUUUU